UUGGGAACGUUAGUUCGCUCCGCAUGAUAGCUGAUAAAUGUCGUGUUUUUUUUUGUGUAACAAAUAACCUAAAAAUAUAUAAAAAUAUUAACUAACUCUCCUUUACGCUUCGCCUGUGUUGUGUUCACAUAAAUUUGUAUGUUCUACAUUUUAAUUAAUGCAAUUUGCAGAAUUAUACAGUAAUUUCUGCUAUUUCCUAAAAAAAAAACGUUUCGUGUGAGAUUUGGUCCUUGUACCUAAUAACCUCGUCUGAGACCAAUGGCGGCGAGGUUAGCGAGCUGGUGGCGGGAGUCGCUUCGUCGACGUCCAGUGAUCACCAACACUGUGGUUUACGCUACAUUCUACACAGCCGCCGAGCUUUCACAACAAACAUACAACAAGAUAUAUUCGCCCAAGAAACCUGACAUGGACUUUGCAGCCGCGGGCCGAAUUGUCUCAGUCGGGAGCAGUCUUUACGCCCCCACACUAUAUUACUGGUACAAAUUUUUGGACAAAAAAUUCACGGGGACAGCAUUGAAAAUUGUAGCAACAAAGGUAGCUUCUGACCAAUUCAUUAUGACGCCGAUAUUACUGGCCACUUUUUAUACGUUAUUAGGAGUGUUAGAGCGACGAGAGGACAUUUUUGAAGAGCUACGUCAGAAGUACUGGAAAACAUUUCUCGCCAAUCAAGCCUUUUGGAUUCCUGCUCAGACUAUUAACUUCUACUUUAUGCCGUCUCAUCUACGAGUAGUUUAUGUAGCAUCUACGUCUUUCAUUUGGAUAAAUGUAUUGUGUUUUAUAAAAAGACAAAAUCCAGAGAAAAUUGUUGCAAUUGAAUAAUCAUAUUAGGUAAUUUGUUAGCGAGAUAAUGAAAUAAAUAUCUAAGUAAGGUAAAUGUUGUAUAAUGUAGAAAAAGGUCUAUUUUUUCACAAAUGUUCAAAUGAUUGUGUAAAUAAAUAAUUAUUUUAUAAUCUGUAUCUACUGCGUAAGAUAUUUUUAAUAUAAUGUCUAUUGUAA